ACAGUCUACGGACAAAGUCCCGUCAUGAUCAGGAGUGGUGGUUUGUUGAUUGAUAGCACAUCUACAGUGCCCUCGCUAUCCUUUGUACGGUACAGUACGUUGAUGAGUUUUUGGACACUGAGCCAUCCGCCGAGUAACGCAUUCUGCUGCUUGCUUCCUUUUCAUUAGCACCGGUGGUUGCUUAGUUGCAGAUCCCGGUUGGCAAUUAGAGCAAAAUCUCCGAAUUUGAGGCCCCUGUCAUAUCAGCCCCUCUGCGACGCCGAGACCUGUCAUGACCAUGCAUAGCUUUUAGCUCAGCAUCACUCUCCUCCAACUGAUGCUUCUGCUUAUCGUCCGUGUGGUGCUAUACGCAAUCCUAUACAUGCACAUGUGUCUGAGUAUACUACUGGCACUCUGUGGUGCGAAGCGUGGCUGGCAUCGAGAAUAGUCUUGGGGAUUCGCCAACGCACCCAACGCCCUGGGCUUGUUGACAAAGUUGCAUCUUUACAGUCCUGCAGCAUUCGACAUAUGCAAUCGCACAUUGCUGUCGGAUGACGAGACGCACAUCUUCCCUGGGGGCCCGGUCCAAUAGAUUCAACACACAACUGCUCGCAAACUGCGGGCGAAGAGGGGCAAGAGCUGAUACGCAUAUGCUGCCUCUAACGGUGGGCAUCUUUAACCCGGUCGCUAUCACGCAUCGUACAGAUUCUACAAAUAUAAUCGCUUCGGUUGACGUGUUGAUCGCCCCAAAAUUUGUUGGGCGGGAGUUGGUCAAAGAGGCGACGCCUCUCAGCUCAUGAUCCGAACAAAAUACACUCACUGACCGACAUCUAUGGCGUCGCAGCAGCCUUGCAACUAGGGGACAUGG